UACCCUAACUGUACACACAUACAGGGAGGGGGGAGAGAGAACAGCUUUAGUGAGGAUUUUCUCCGUAUUAACCCAGCCAGCUGGAGUACAGGGAAGACAGACGCGUUCAGAAAACAAACAGUUUUAUUUUGAAACAAAACCAGAGUGUAAGAUGGGUAGGGGUUGGAUCAGUGUGAGUAUAGUGAGACGCAGAGUAGGCUGAAGUAGGUUUUCUCAAGCGAAUGACUCAAAAGAAAGAAAUCUGGAAAAGUGGCUAUAAGAAAGUGCUGUGUGUUCUGCAUGAAGAUGUCAACCUGAGAAAGUUUCACCACCAGCUGUCCAAAGACCAGAGAGCGGAGCAGGAUGGGACACCCUAAUGUGCCACUCACAUACAGCUACACCCGUUCCCACAGGGAUAAACGCAGAUCCAGUCGACUGCAACCGUACACACCAAACGACAACCUGAACAAUGCAUUAGGCGCCAUUAGAGUCCUUGGUUUGGAGCUGAUUGAGGAUGAACUUAAACCACAUCUGAACACAGUGCUGACCAACAUUAAGGAGAGGAAGAAAGGUGCUGCUGAGCAGGUAGUGAUCAGUGGGAUCCUGCCGAUCCUGGCCCUGUCUCUGAGGAGCAGAGGGCCCCUCACUCCACUGACUGCAAGACUAGUGGCUGAACUCGCCAAGGAAUCUGUGGUGCGUAAAGGUUUUGGUGACUCAGGCUUGGUUACAGCUCUGCUGUCGGUGCUGACCAGUACAGACCAAGAACUGCUCCUUAACGCUGCAAUGGCCAUCUCACGCAUGUCUUAUGACAGCUCAAAGCACCAGGAAAUGUUACUACGUCGAGGUGCCGUGCCUCGUCUUGUUGCCAUCCUGAUUCGUUUCCCUGAUAAGGAGGCCCUGGAGGAGGUGUGCCUGCAGGCCCUGUGCAACCUCAGUGGCAUGGGAGUGGCAGAGGAGGCAGGGAUGGUCUGGGAGAGGGGUGCGUCUGUGAGGCCGGGGGAGUCUGUGUUUCAUGGUGUUUCUCCUCACACCUGUGGUUUCGCUUCCUCUGUGACUCUCGUGCGUGUGUCUCAGUGGGCACCGGGACAGUAUGCGGUCAACAUCGAGGUUUUCCAGCGUUGCUCCUCCUCCUUCUGGAACCUUCACGGGAACAAGCGGACUGCUCGUUGGUUCCCGAUCUCCAGCUUGUGGAAUUCUUCAAAUCUGUACAAGCUGAUGAAGUUCUCUACGAGGAACGUUCCUCGGACAAAGAGUCUGAGGACUCGCGUGUUCCACACUUUUCUCUGACAGUUGAAAUACUGCAAACAUGGUGGCCUAACCUAACUGCUAACAAAGUAAGAGUGUUGAUGUGCAAAAGAACAUCAGGGAAUGUUUACAUACAACAAACCCAGACAUGCACACGUGGAUCUCUUUAUCUCUGUUCCUGUUGACCUUUAUCUUAUAUUUUUGUUCUUUGUGUUGGCGUUCAUUGGCCGAGUUUGUAAGUUUUAUUACGAAAAUAGACUUUUCAACCACCCACUUCAUGUAAAACAAAGUAGGUGGCAGUUCCUUCUGGCUUAUUCAGCUUUUAUGGGACUAUGCUACACAGUUCCCACGCAGGAAAAUGAUACAAAUAAAAUUUAAAAAAAAAAGCUGUAUCUAAACAUGAAAACCUUAAUGAAUGCUAUGAUGACGUCCUUGCUGACAGUUUGUUCACAAGUGCUUGAAAUCAUUGUGAAUUUCUAUUCCAGGCAGCAAUAUUGAUAUAUUGAUGUACUUUUCUAUAUUGCAAUUAUAUUUUAUUAUGGCUCAUUUAAUUUUACCCCAUGUUUUUGAUUGUCUCUGACAUCCACUUUAAAUAAUAAAAUAU